CUUCAAUAAUCUUGAAUGCAGGAGUACUAUGCUGAUGAAAUUGGUGUCUUGUCACCAGAUCAAUUGCAGGUUGAUGAACUAUAUGCUGGCGAGGUUGGGUACCUCGCGGCAUCUAUAAGAUCUGUAGCAGAUGCACGGGUUGGUGAUACCAUCACUCACUCUGCUAGAAGGGCGAAGAAUUCCCUGCCUGGAUAUGAGGAAGCUACUCCAAUGGUGUUCUGUGGCCUGUUUCCUGUUGAUGCUGAUCAAUUUCCUGAGCUGCGUGAUGCAUUAGAGAAGCUACAGCUUAAUGAUGCUGCUCUAAAUUUCGAGCCUGAGACAUCAAGUGCAAUGGGCUUUGGUUUCCGAUGUGGAUUUCUGGGUCUUUUGCACAUGGAAAUUGUGCAGGAAAGGCUAGAGAGGGAGUAUAAUCUGACAUUGAUAACAACAGCGCCAAGUGUGGUUUACCGAGUAAAUUGUGUAAAUGGUUCAAUGUUCCAAUCCAUCUACCCUUCCUGAGCCUGGACUGAGGAG